CAAGAAAAAUCUAUAGCUUUGAUUCUCACUCUCAACCUGUCUCUCUCUCCUUUGCAUCAAUUUCCUCUUUGAACGUCCAAUCUUCUCCCUUUCCCCCUGAAAACGCUCCUUUCUUUUGUCUACCUAAGAAAACAGAGCCCCCACCUCUGUCACUAGCUUAGCUACCCCUCAAUCCCUCCUUCCCCAAUUCCAUUGCAUUAUUUACCAAAUCAAUCCAACUCUGUUUUCAUCACUCCUGUGAUUGUGUUGUUGUCUCACACCGGAUAAUCGAAACAGAGUUCUAUACCUCUAUUAAUGGAACCCGGAUCCGGGCCAUCCGGCCUCGGUCGCGACGGCGAAGAGAAUCGGCCGUCCCGCGACCAAGGCUGGCACGGAGGCGGAGUAGGAGUAGGUGGAGAAAGAAGAGAAGGAGUCUCAGUUGCUGACGGGGCCGCGCCGGUGGCCGCCCCGCCGAACCGGUAUGAGUCGCAGAAGCGGCGAGAUUGGGCUACAUUUUUGCAGUACCUGAGGAACCAUAAGCCGCCGCUGACGCUGCCGCGGUGCAGCGGAGCUCACGUGAUCGAGUUCCUCCGGUACCUCGAUCAGUUCGGGAAGACGAAGGUGCACGUGACCGGCUGCCCCCAUUUCGGCAACCCGAACCCUCCCGCCGCCUGCGCCUGCCCGUUGAAGCAGGCCUGGGGCAGCCUCGACGCCCUCAUCGGACGGCUCAGAGCCGCCUACGAGGAGAACGGGGGCCGCCCCGAGUCCAACCCGUUUGCUGCCGGAGCUGUGAGGAUGUACUUGAGAGAGGUCAAAGAUGGUCAAGGCAAGGCCAGAGGAUUCCCUUACGAGAAGAAACGGAAACGGUCGGCAGCCAAGGCGGCUGACGGCGGUAGCUGAAAUAACAGAGCCGCCGCCGCUGAGCUCCGGCGACGAUUGUGGUGGCGCCUCUGUCCGUCUGCCAGCUGCUGCCACUGUCACUGCAACAGUGUAGUACAUGCGGUGCUGUAAAUACGGAGUAGUAUUUAUUUACCGCUGUAAUUGAAAUGUAAGUAUAAAUUUGCAGCUCUAAAGGUAAUUUUCUUACCCGCAGUUAAAAUUGUGAUGAAAUGAUAACUGUGAAGUCAGAGUAAAACCUAGCACAUACUAUGUACGAGUAUAUGACAUAAUAAUUCCCUUGGAAUCAAUGCGGAUUAUAAUGUCUUAUUUUCGGUCAUCACAAUAUCCCG